CCUGUGUGCUUCUGAUGGUGUAUAUGCGGCUCCCAAAGAUGAUCAACUGUAAACGUAAUUUGAAAGUGACUAGCUUAUUCUGACUCUUUUUGCUUGUUGGCAUUUCACACUCUUGAUCAACUCUUCUACUAGAGUAGAACAUGCCAGCUUAUUCACCAAAGUCUGACAAUUUACCUAUGACUUCUUGUUUGCUCUGUAGAAGAUGGCAGUGAAAGAUGUUCAUGGUGCUUUUCCUACAGUGGACGUCCCAGACCAUGCCCACUAUACAAUUGGAACAGUCAUUCUUAUCGUGGGAAUCACAGGAACUCUGGGUAAUUUCCUGGUCAUCUAUGCUUUCUGCAGGAGUAGGACCCUUCAGAAACCAGCCAAUAUAUUCAUAAUCAAUCUAGCUGUUAGUGACUUCCUUAUGUCCAUCACGCAGUCUCCAGUGUUUUUCACCAACAGUCUCCAUAAACGUUGGAUUUUUGGUGAGAAAGGCUGUGAGCUGUAUGCCUUCUGCGGAGCUCUUUUUGGCAUUACAUCUAUGAUCACUUUGAUGGUGAUUGCCUUGGACAGAUACUUUGUCAUCACAAAACCUCUGGCUUCUGUUCGAGUGAUGUCUAAGAAGAAGGCCCUUAUAAUCCUGGUAGGCGUCUGGCUGUACUCUUUGGCUUGGAGCCUCCCACCCUUCUUUGGAUGGAGCGCCUAUGUUCCUGAAGGCCUGCUGACUUCCUGUUCCUGGGAUUACAUGACUUUCACACCAUCAGUCCGUGCCUACACAAUGCUGCUUUUCUGUUUUGUCUUCUUCAUUCCUUUGAUUGCUAUCAUAUACAGCUAUUUCUUUAUAUUUGAGGCUAUGAAGAAGGCCAACAAGUCUAUACAGACAUUUGGAUGCAAACAUGGAAACAAAGAGCUCCAGAAACAGUAUCACAGGAUGAAGAAUGAGUGGAAGUUGGCCAAGAUUGCACUGAUCGUCAUCUUGCUUUAUGUCAUUUCCUGGUCACCAUACUCUGUUGUUGCCCUGGUAGCUUUUGCUGGGUAUUCUCAUGUUCUAACACCCUUCAUGAAUUCAAUACCAGCUGUGAUUGCCAAAGCUUCUGCCAUCCAUAACCCCAUUAUUUAUGCCAUCACUCACCCUAAAUAUAGAACAGCCAUUGCAACAUAUGUUCCCUGCCUUGGAUUCCUGUUGAGAAUUUCUCCUAAAGAGUCCCGAUCCUUCAGCAGUUAUCCCUCCUCCAGACGAACCACCGUAACCAGCCAGUCUUCUGAGACAAGUGGGCUGCAGAAAGGAAAAAGGCGACUAUCUUCCAUCUCUGACAGUGAAUCGGGUUGUACCGAUACAGAAACUGAUAUCACCAGUAUGACCUCCAGACCUGCUAGCAGCCAGGUUUCCUAUGAAAUGGGCAAAGAUACUACCCAAACUAGUGACCUAGGAGGGAAACCUAAAGUAAAAAGCCAUGAUUCUGGGAUUUUUGGAAAGAUAGUUGUAAACACAGAUGAAAUACCCAUGGUGGAAAUGAAUGUCACAGAGCAUUCUGCUACUUCUACUUGCAAAACAGCUGAAAAAUGCAGUGUGGAGGAAAUUCAGGUAAGUGAGAGCUUGAGUGGCAUCGGACUAAGAAAAGGAGAGCCUCGCCAUAGAACACCCACAUCUCAGAUACCCAGUAUUAUAAUAACAUGCAGCAAUGUACAAGGAGUAGAGCUGCCUUCUGGAUACAGCACUGGUUUCCUGUACCCGAAGAACAAAAGCCACAAGCAGAACAAGAGCUCCAACAGCUGAGUGGCACAAGCCAGAAUAUCACCUUCACCAAUAUCUCUGGAGGAACCAUGAACCAACUGAAUCCAGAAGACUUUCCUACCUUGCUCUGAAACAUUUGUACAGAAACACAAGACAAGCAAGAAUAAAAUCAAGGGGGAGUGUCCUGUUCAGUUCCUGAACUGACUCCAGUGCUUCACUUUUGAUCUGAGUCACACUGCAAUUUUAUUAUUUCUUCUUUUUGUGGCUCAAAGAAAUUAUUUCUCUCACUUGGAUUUUACUCUUCUCAGGCAUAUCAUACUGUUAUAUGGAUCUUACCUACAAGCCUCUUUUGAUUAAUUUGAGAGAAAAAGGAAGUAUGAGAUCCAGCCUUUGCCCAAUUAUUGUGGAGUAACUUCAAAGCUAUUUUGGGAAAAACUUAAAUUACUUUCUGGAGAUGCUUUCAUUACUGAAGUUCUUCAAGCAAUAGAAAACACUCAGUGCUCCUUUCACUUAGUAAUUAGAAAGUUUCCUCAUGUUCUUGUACAAUGCAAUUGAAAGGUAAUGCACUUGAGCACUAAUUAGAAGUCUCAGAUAUUUGUUGGGUUUUUUUUAAUUAUUUCUGAGAUUCUAGAGGAUGAAAAAGUAAUCUGCCUUUCCCUGGUGCUCCUUAUGGAGUACGAGAAUAAGUAGAUAGAAUUAAUUUACAAUCUGUAGAAGUUUACACCACAAGAAUGAUAAGGUGUAGUCAGUCCACAGUGAGGAUAUUUCCCUUUUUAGUCUAAAAGCAUAGGGUAAAGAGAGCUAUUGAAGCAGUUCUUAACAACAGGUGCCUCCGUAGUUCUCCCUUUGGUUGAAGGAAUAGAGGAAACCACCCAAGUCAUUUUGUCCAAAGUAAAUCUGUCUUGAUGUCAUAUCAGAGAAAGCCAUAAGAUUAUACAAACAUAACCAGCUUAUUCCUUUGAAGGCAAAAAAGUUCAGUCAGUUCCAGAAGACAUGGGUCAAUGAUUACAACCAAACAUUUGAAACUUACUUUGCAUUGCAUUAAAAAUGCAGGUGAUCAUGACUUUUGAGGCAGCUAAACAUUGCAAACAAGUGGCUAUUUCAGACAGCAACCAAAAGAAAAUGUUCAAAGUCUUGGGUGUUUCUACAUAAAUAAAAUCAUAGGCAUUAGAAAUGGAAAAAAGUAGUACAGUUUCUCCGUUCACCUACCACAACUGGAUAUUGUUUCCAUGCAGAAAACAAUGUUAAACUGACAAUAUACACACUAGCAAUAAGGAAAAAGAAGGGGGAAAACAUAUCUUCAAACAGGAAGCCUGUUCAAAGACAUUCAUCAAGCCUGAGGAAUUACAUUCUUACUUACUGUUUUGGCUUAUAAAAUAACAUGAAGCAUAUAAUUGUUCCCAUCUUUUGCCAGGAAAGCCAGGUGACAGUAGGGAAGAAAUGCUAGCAAAUGUUGCCUAUUUCAUACAGGCUACAAAAGGCUGAACACAUUAAGAAAAUAGGUCAAAGCUUACACAUGCUUUUUCUUGUGCUAAUAAGAUGCAUUUGUGUACAACUUGCCAUUAAGAGCUAGACUUUUCACUCCUGUUACAAUUUCAUUCAGAAUUAAUAUUCUUGAAGAGCAUACUCUGCUCUUCUGCAUUCCCUUCCACUUUUAGAGAGUAUUAAAAGAAUACAUUGAUGGCUAGAAAAGCCCUACGAAUCCACAGCAUGUUGUUCUCUCUAUCCUUCAGCUCUAACAUGUACUAGAGAUUAGUUUGUGUCUAUAAAAAGAACUGCAGCUGUUAGUGCUUGUCUACUUACAAGAGGCUUGAAAAGCAUAUAUUAAUUAGGGAGAAUUUGUUUAGGAGCACUUGAAAACUCGUGUGUAUUCCCUGUGUAACUAACAACUUCACCUUCCCUUCACUUCUACUGGCACUACCAAAAUCAUCCAUGGAAAAGCCCACAAAACUCAUUACACCUGAAUCUCUCACUAAAGUCAUCAACAUGGUAACCCCAGUGGUAUUUGGAAUAAAUCAUUAAUAGUUCUUAUUUCAUCUCAUUUUAGCAGCUUUAUUUGUGUCCUGUAUCCUCUAUUUGGCAGCCGUUCUCUCCGCUUUGCUGUCUCUUUACACCCCUUAACAGAGAUGACUGAACAGAUUAAAAUAAUUCAGGACUGAGGUGAUUCGUGUUUCAGUUAAAGUCAACUGUACAGGCUGUUCUGCACUAGUGAGACUGCUUGCCGUUCACCAUGCACUUGGGCAUAUUCCAGUGACGUGGAGGUGUGAAAGGACUAGGGCAAAACUGAGGUACUUGCCUUUGGCCUUUCAUGCUACAGCAGCUGUUCAGAGCAGCCUGCUGGCAAAGGGAAUAGCAAGCAGUGCUGUGAGUUAACAGGCUCUGUACCACAAUGGGCUCAAGCUCAAAUUCAGACUUGGGUCGCAAGUAAAAAUAUUUGGCCUGAUCUUCCAAGUAAUUUGGCAAAAUUGCUGUGAUCCUGUAAAGAAGGUGUCGAGAACCAGUGUAAUAAAAGCUUGUUGCAAGACAAGUCUGAAGCAGCACCUAAAAAGGCAAUGGCAAGCAGCUGAUCUUUCCAGCUUUCACAUAUUAUCAAGGAUCUUAGUUCAUAUGUUUUGCAGGUUAUAGGCUCAGUUAAUGUACUUCUGGGAAUCCACUUUUCAUCCAGCACUGGACUAGAAAGGGACAUCACACGGCACUAAAUGAAUGUUCACACAUUCUCAUGCAAGGCAGACACAGACUGCUAUCAAAGAGCCUGCAGAACUAUAGAUAGUUUUACUCAAAUUAUUGUAACAGACAAAAGGAAAUCUCUCUCCCUGCACUGGUAGCAAAGAGUACUUUUCUUCAAGUCCUGUGAAAAACCUUCAGCAAGUCUGACAUCCAGAAAAAAGGCACAUAACAUGGAUAAAUUUCACAGGCAUGCCUGUUUUUCUUAUUAUGAGUCGUGCCAUGUUUUUACAUGGGACAUUCCAGGGAAAGCUGUAGUGUAGCCCUCAUCCUACUCUGAUCCCUCAGGGAAAGAAUCACAUCUCAGUAACCCAGACAGAGCAGCUGUAUGUUUCUGUUCCUGUAACAACUAUUUACACAGGACUCCAAUGAGAGAGGUCCUUUUUCUGCAAAGCAAUGUCAGUAUCAGUUAUUUCAGUGGCUGAGCAACAGGUAUCUCAGUUCAAACACUUGUGCUUAUAGCCUCGCAGUUGUCAAUGUCAUAGGAAUGUGAAGAGUCCCAUGUUAUAAAUAGCUUUAUAUAAAAACAAUCUUAAAACAAAGAAUUUAUGAGUACUGGCCAGACCUAGCAACCUCAGACAAGGGCCACAAUCCUAUGCACUAAACAUUUUACACUGAACAAAAGAAGGUUAUGAUGCCUUCCUCAUCUCCUAUCUAAUUCAAAACCUGAACACUCAUUUUCAAACUUGCAAAUAGGUCAAUUCCUAAAUCUUGACAACUGUGAACUUUGACAUCACUUACAAGGACAAAGAAAUGAGGAUAUGAUCAGUGUAAUCCUAAUAAACUUAGUACAUUCUCUCCGAAGCAAAUCUAGCCUAAUUAGUCUAAUACAGAGUACAAGUUUUUGUUGUUGUUGUUGUUUUUAGAAAAAUAGCAGCUUUGUUGCAGCAGUCCUGUCAGCAGCAGAACUCUGCUAGAGACAUGACACAGGAAUUCUAUGUACCUGGCUCACAGAGGAAAGCAAAUGGUGCAAGAGAUAUGUCAGCAUAGGAAAAUGCUAGUACAUUUUCCAAACACUGAUAUCACCUCACCGUGCAUGGAGAUAUCGGGAUCUUGUGAUGUUCAACCACAAAUCUGGUCUCACAGUGUUUGGCUGGCAUACUAAGUACAAGCAUUUUCUGGCAAUGGAAUUGGCUCUCAAGAUUAGGAUUCACCUGAAGUUAAAAAAUAGGAUCAGUGGCUGGGAAAAACAGGAUUCAUUCCUCUGGAUGGGGAACUUUUUCCUUACUCUUCAAUCAUUAAACUUACACAAAUAGCAGUACCGCUUCGGAUUCAGCACCAAAAAAUAUUUUGGACCCCUCUCAGGAGAGCUGUAACCAACACUUGCCAUGGAGACCUUAUGUAGGAGAACAUGUUUAAGAUCAACCUUCAUUUGGGCUACUAGAAUAAAUACUCAGGCAUGAAGCACAGAAUUUCACAGGAAAAAAAAAGCCAAAUUAGAUCUUCUGGUGACAGCUAUAACUUCAGUAAUCAGUAGAAUUAAUGGAAACACUCCUGUUAAUUCUACCAGGCUUAAAUCAAGAUAUGCUGCAAAGAUAUGCUGCAAAUAUCUUUGUCUCAGAUAUGCUGCAAAGAACAAGUGAGCUGCAGCUCAGGUUAAACUGUCUCAGCAAGGAAUCCAACACAGCUUGAGCUAAAAGAAACCUUGUGAUAUAACUUAUUCCAUCACUGUUUCCUGUUUGUAUUUAUGAAGUCAUGUAGUUCUCCUAUAUUACAGUUCCUAGAGACAGUUACCUCCUCCUGUUUUUCUCUCCCUCCACAAAGGAUCUGCUCUCAGUAUCACAAUCCAACUUUAACAUUUCACUUUGUCAGAAAUAAUUAGAUUCAGCCACUAAGAACAUGAACUUGACACAUACGUAAAAAGUUGCUUGAGGGAACUUUUGCAAAGCACGCUUUAUCCACAAAGCAAGAGCAAAGCUGUUAGUCAUUUCCCUCAGUAUUUAGUUUUCAUUGUAACUUUCACACAUAUAUAUAAGACAAUAGUCCAGUUACAGAUAAAAUUCUGAGAGUAUAUCAUUGGAUAGAACAAGUGCUCCUAUGCAAAGUCACAUACUAUUCAGUAUUCAUUGUAACAUUCAGGAUGUUUCCUGAAUAGGCUGUAGGACAUUUACAGGCAUAUUGAAAUAUUGAUAAAUCUUAUUUGAAAUACUGUUUUCCAGACACUCAAGUUA